AUGCCAAAGAGAAAGCAAACAACCACCAGUCGCAGCAACAAAAAGGUUAAAAAGGAGGAAGAGGAUUGUGACUCUAUUAUUGAGAAGAAAAUAGGCUUUGAAGAACCGGAAGAGAUCAAGAAGGUCAAAACAGGAUCAUCAACAGAUAAAGGUGAAGGUUCUUCCACUACCCCUACUCAAAAGAAUAAGAGGAAGAUCUUUUGGCCAGUUGUAAUGAAGUCACUUCAAUUCGAGUGCAGUCAAUCCAAACAAGAUGUCAAACAAUUGAUAGAUAUUACAGAGACUCAUGGACAAGACUUUAUUCAAUAUUGUUCGUUAGGUCUUUUUGUAGAUGAAAGUAAUGACGAACCAUCUUUAAUAUUUAACAUCAGAUACAAACCUGCGAUUGCUACUUUUGGAAAUGUGAAUGAGGUGUCACUUUACCAACUAAUUUACUCACCUCUUGGCAAAUCAGUAAUCAAGAAAGAUUGUAAACCAGUAUCUCGCAAGGAAUACUACUCAUCAAUGUUGGAUUUGGAGAAUGCACAAAAUUCACCAUCCACCUUUGCUUGGAAGAUUUCCUAUGAUGAUGGCACUUUUGACAUUCAUGUAAUGACUGAGAAAGCCAGCAACACAGUGAGACUCAAAAAGGGAAGUUACAAGGAUUAUUCGGAUUCUAAUUAUGCCAAGAGCAAAGGUGUAUCCUUCUUCGAUAUAAAUGAAAUACAAGAUACAGGAAGACCAACUCUUUUUGACAGAGAAGAUCCCUUACAAAAUGAAUUAGAUUUGAAAGUGUCAGUGUCAGAAGAAAUUACAAUUGAAUUCAACUCAGAACAAGAGAUUAUUAUGGAAAUAAUAGAUAGAAUUAGCAAAGAAGAGCAAGCAAAGAUCUUCCAACACAUUGCAAAACAAUUACAGAAUUCCCUUUCUUAUGUGCAAUAUGUCCAGUUGAUGCAGAGUGUUUUCGUGCCUCUUGGGGUUCCAAAUUCGAACUCAAUACAACAAACCCAACAAGAGGUGGAAAAUCCAGAUGCAAUCGAUUGUGGUGCAAUCUUUGAUUUUCAAUAA